UCUCCUCCUCCGAUGCACCGCCAUUCAAGUCUCAUAGUCACAGUUGAUGUAUCCUGCAUUGCGAAGUUGUUGCAACUCCACUAGUUUGAGUUCCGCCGCUAGAUCCACUGUGGGAACUUUGAGGCUCUCUGUUUUUCUGCGAUCGAGUGAUAGAUUUCGUGGUGAUAGCUUGCUCUGAGUUGAGUCGAGUUCUCUGAGCCGGUUAGGUUUGUUAGAAUUAAAAAUUUGGUGAUUGUGUACGUGGAUUUUUCUUUAUAGAGGACGACGAGAUGGCGGACGUGGACAUGGCUGCUGCCGAGGUCGAGACCUUUGCCUUUCAGGCGGAAAUCAAUCAGUUGCUGAGUUUGAUCAUCAACACCUUCUACAGCAACAAGGAGAUUUUCCUGCGAGAACUUAUCAGCAAUUCUUCUGAUGCCUUAGACAAGAUUCGUUUCGAGUCCUUGACUGAUAAAAGCAAGUUGGGUGCUCAGCCCGAGCUCUUUAUUCACAUUGUUCCUGAUAAGGCCAAUAACACUUUGAGCAUCAUUGACAGUGGUAUUGGAAUGACCAAAGCUGACAUGGUCAACAAUUUAGGAACAAUCGCUCGAUCUGGAACCAAGGAGUUCAUGGAAGCUCUGUCUGCAGGAGCUGAUGUUAGCAUGAUUGGACAGUUCGGUGUGGGUUUCUAUUCUGCAUACCUGGUUGCUGAAAAGGUGGUUGUCACCUCGAAACACAAUGAUGACGAACAGUAUAUGUGGGAGUCUCAGGCCGGAGGGUCCUUCACCAUUACUAGAGAUACAUCGGGUGAACAGCUGGGGCGUGGAACGCACAUCAAGUUGUUCCUGAAGGAGGACCAGUUGGAGUAUCUUGAAGAGAGGAGGCUGAAGGACCUGGUGAAGAAGCACUCUGAGUUUAUAAGCUACCCCAUCUCUCUCUGGACUGAGAAGACAACAGAGAAGGAGGUUUCGGAUGACGAAGACGAAGAGGACAAGAAGGAGGAGGAAGGAAAAAUUGAGGAAGUGGAUGAAUCGAAAGAGAAGAAAAAGAAGAAAGUGAAGGAGGUUUCUCAUGAGUGGGGGCUAAUAAACAAACAGAAGCCUAUCUGGAUGCGCAAGCCCGAGGAUGUGACGAAGGAAGAAUACGCUGCAUUCUACAAGAGUUUGACGAAUGACUGGGAGGAACAUUUGGCUGUCAAGCACUUCUCGGUUGAGGGGCAGCUGGAGUUCAAGUCAGUUUUGUUUGUCCCCAAGAGGGCUCCCUUCGACCUAUUUGAUUCGAGGAAGAAACAGAACAACAUCAAGCUGUAUGUGAGGAGGGUGUUCAUCAUGGACAACUGUGAGGAGUUGGUUCCCGAGUACCUAGGCUUCGUGAAGGGAGUGGUAGACUCGGAAGAUUUGCCAUUAAAUAUUUCUCGUGAGACCCUACAGCAGAGCAAGAUUCUGAAGGUGAUUAGGAAGAACUUGGUGAAGAAGUGCUUGGAGAUGUUCUCGGAGAUUGCAGAGAAUAAGGAGGAUUACCAGAAGUUCUAUGAAGCAUUUUCGAAGAACUUGAAGUUGGGUAUACAUGAGGACAGCCAAAACAGGUCAAAGCUGGCUGACUUGCUGAGGUACCACUCAACGAAGAGCGGUGACGAGAUGACGAGCCUGAAGGACUACGUUACUCGGAUGAAGGAGGGACAGAAGGACAUCUAUUACAUCACGGGAGAAAGCAAGAAGGCAGUGGAGAACUCGCCGUUCCUGGAGAAGCUGAAACGAAAGGGAUUGGAGGUGCUUUACAUGGUGGAUGCCAUUGAUGAGUACGCUGUAGGCCAAUUGAAGGAGUACGAUGGUAAGAAGUUAGUGUCUGCUACUAAGGAAGGAUUGAUGUUGGAGGAUACAGAGGAGGAGAAGAAGAAGAAAGAGGAGAAAAAGACCCGGUUUGAGCCGUUAUGCAAGACGAUCAAGGAUAUCUUAGGAGACAAGGUCGAGAAGGUGGUCGUGUCUGACAGGAUCGUGGACUCUCCUUGCGUUCUCGUGACGGGUGAGUACGGAUGGACCGCAAACAUGGAGAGAAUCAUGAAAGCUCAGGCGUUGCGGGACAGCAGCAUGUCAAGCUACAUGUCAUCGAAGAAGACGAUGGAGAUUAACCCGGACAACCAGAUCAUGGAGGAGUUGAGGAAGAGAGCUGAGGUGGACAAGAACGAUAAGAGCGUGAAGGACUUGGUUCUGCUGUUGUUCGAGACAGCGUUGUUGACUUCAGGGUUCAGUUUGGAAGAGCCAAGCACGUUUGGGAACAGGAUUCAUCGGAUGUUGAAGUUGGGGCUCAGCAUUGACGAUGACGCCACAGAUGCCGAAGGCGACGUGCCUCCGUUGGAAGGCGACGGUGAGGAGGAGGGAUCCAAGAUGGAGGAAGUGGAUUAGAAAAGUUGAUUAGAUCUGUGGUUUUCAGAUAGUAAUUGAGAUGACACCGUUUUUGGCGGUAGCUGUGGGGUAUAAGGAUCAGGGGAGUUGGUGGAUUCUCUCAUCCGCAAGUACAUAGUCGCGACAGAUAGCUUGGAUCAAGUACAAAGAUCUUUCCAUGCUUCCAUGUGCAGUAAUAGUCAAAAUAUUACAUACAGAAAUGUACACAAAUUUACGCGUUUGCAAUCAGAAUUACAAGAUGAAGCAGUUUUGCCUCAUA